UUCAUAAACAAUUUUUCUAAAUCAUUGUAACAAUUUAAUAGACCUUUUAUAACAAGAACACGUUGAUUCACGACAGAUUUAUUUUAUUUAUUAGGUAUUUGUGAAUGACAGCAAAAUGACAGGCGGUGCGCAUACUUGAACGUAAAAUACGUAGUUACUGUUAAUUGCCUGGAUAGUGACUUAUUUGAAUUGGUGAUCUGAUACAGCAAUAGUGCACUAGUUACUGUAGCAGAGCUAUUAUAUCAAAUCUGUCGACGUCUCCUGCCGUAUCAGCAAAUAUAAUGAACUCUUAUGAAGAGCCUGAACGCUGGCAAGCUUCCCGAAAAUUGUCAUUCAAACAGAUCUCUGUCGGUUUAAAUCAAAUAGUAAACGAUGGAGUUCCUAAACAUUUGAACGAUAUGCGGGACGCGCUACGUCAAGCUUCGCAAUUAAGCACGGCAACGUCAACUUGGGCAAGUGGCAUCAUCUGGGAUGAGGAAGCUUUGCUAUGUCGCUCGCUCGUCCAGCAGUCCUUAUCGACUUUAAUGCAAGAUCUUCGUUCUCUCGAGAAGAUGAGAAGUAGCAUUACGGACGAGGACAUCCAACGACUUGAAGAUCUAGCUAUACCAUGCUGUCGACGGAUAUGUAGCGCAAUAGAAGAAGCCAAAGCGGUAAUCGCCGCAUUGGAAAAACAUCAGACCAAUACUACUGUCUGUCAAAGUAAUAAAAUUUUACCGUCAUCUUCCUCUGAAUUCGAAGAUUUCAAUAAACGUGAAUACAAGCAAAAUCUUAAAGAAGAACAAUUGCUUCUCGAAACGGAAAUCGAUCGCGAGCGCUUGUCUGACGUCCAAGCUAUAGAAAAGGAUAUUAACUAUUUGAGGGACAUGAUCGAUUGCAUGCAGCAGCAAAUUGUUACUGAUGAAGAGAAGAUAAAACAGAUUGAUGCUCAAGUCGAGAAUGCCACUUUAGAAGUCAGUACUGGCGAAAAAAUGCUUCGACAGGCACGACAUUUUAAGACGGCAGCUUUGCCUGCAACGUGUGCGGUGGCCGGCUUAAUUGCGGGAGGACCGAUUGGAGCGGUAGCUGGCGUACGAAUCGGCAUUGCCGUUUCGUUGAUAGGAACGGCCGUUGGCUAUAUAAGCGGCAAGUUUUUGCACAAUACCAACAAGUUUGCUUUUCCGAUGUUCAAAUCCAAAGCAGCUGUUCUGCCUACUGAACAAGAAUUUACGCCAAAGCCUGUUUUAGAAACAGCAGCACACCUGACGUCCAACAAAAAAGGAGCUUAAACGGUAUUGUAAAAGUAGGCUUUGAAACAGCACUUUAUCGGGUACAGAGCGGAGGUAGGCCACAAUUAAGUUGUCAUCAAUUAUGUAUUUGUAGUCGUGUAGUCAAAUUUCCAGAAGGAGAAGAUGUACAGGACUGCUUAGACCAAAUAGACCGUGCUUGUUAAAUUCAAGAGAAAUUUAAAACUGCGUCUGAAUGAGAACGACUGUUUUCAACUGUUGUAAAAUAGAAAAGAUACAGGAGCCUCUUUUAAAAAUAUAUUGAAGACCAAUACUGUACUAGCCUUUAUUUGCUUCGUUUUUAGUUAAUUGGUAGUGCAUUUGGGGUGUGUGUAACCUCUCGAGUUUAACGAGAAGACACUGCUGAUUUCUCACACUCAUAAUUGAUUUAAAGAAAGUAGACCACAAAGGAAAAUUAGGAUACUCUGCCGAAGAGUCUAAUUGCCUAAAUGCUUAUCUGAGUCUACCAAUAAUCGAACAGUUUUAUCUGUCUAAGUACUUUGUGAAGUUUUCUUCGUUUGUCAUUAUAAGUGCGUUUCUUAUUAAAGACCUAUAUAAAUCCCCGAGCUGCAACCAUAUCCACGCACACGCAAGACCAGUAGGCACGAGUAAAAAUGCAUAUUGCAACAAAGUGUAGAAAAAAAUUUGAAUUUUAUGUAAGAAGCGAAUUAGGGUUGCGAGCGAAUUACAUUACGUUUUAUGCGAGGAAUUUGUCCGAAUUUCAGGUUUUUUUAUAAAUUGUUAUGGUGGCAUAGCGCUUAAAGAGUUCUAGCAUACUUUACAAAUGGAGGUUCACUUAGAAUAGCCAACGUACAGUAGUAACCUAUCGCCACAACCUAUGACCCAGGAAAACACGGAAGUAUUCGAUCAAUGACAAUUUUUCGAUAGCAUUCGAGCAACGAAUAUGUAUGUUGUAUAAGUCAAACUAUCCAUCUUAUUCAGACAUUUUUGAGCGGGAUACUAGAAUCAUUAUUAUCUAGAACCUUAUAUUCAUUGUUGUGCUGAGAAGAUACUCCUUGUUGCUGUACAAUGACUAUUUGUAAACCUAUGCGCAUUGCACAUGUGUAUGUUUAGAGACAUUAUGUAAGAAUAAAAAAUGGAAAUUGUUGAAACACAAUGGAAAUUUCAUGUUCAAUAUUACUGUAUCUUUGUACGAAAUGUAAGUACAUAAUUAGUCGCACGCGCAAAAAAUCGAAAUCUGAUCGAAGUUUCACUCUAACGUUAACUCACAUUUAUCGAUUUUGUUUCAUUUUUCUGAAUUAAGUGAAAAUUCCGAAAUCUAUUAUUUGUUGUGUUGUCCAUCGGCACCAGCGGCAUAUAUUGCUUAAAUAAUUAAGUAUGUCAUAACGUUUCGCAAAACUCAGAUAAUAAAUGAGUUCGACAAGUAAUAACAUUCAUAAAAACGAUCAGACUGUAUUUUUUAAAAAGCAAACAUACACCUUUUAAUCAUGUUGCUCUUUGAAAAUUAAAAAUAAUGGGUUUCCUAAUAUUAUAGUACGAUACUGAGAACUUUUUUAAAAGCCUAAAACCGUACUUCAGGCUUUUAUAACAUUUAGUAUAUAUAUAAAAGUGUCCCAAAAAUGCAUACACUACUUAACGAGCCAUAACAUCCCGAUUCUCCUUUUUUUAGGUCUAAUUAAUUGGAAAUUAUGAGUGAAACAAGACUUACUUUCAAACAAAAAAAUAUGUUUCGAAAUGGUGUCGUGUGAAUAUUAGCAGAAGUACAAGGACAGUGAUAGAAUCUUUCAGGCAAAUCCACCCUGACUUACAAUCAGUCGAGUUAAAGAUAAGCUUAAAACGAAUGGAUUUAUUUAUAGACAACGUUCCAAAAGAUCAAAAACAUCAAUAAUUUUACCGAUCUUACCAAAGCUUAUCGAUUAAGAAAGAGUAUUGAAAGAAGGGAGUUAUAACGAAGCAUCCUAAAACCUGUAGCAUAAGUUGGUAUUACAUUUUAAGUAUCCAUUACAUUUUAAGACGUUUUAAAUGGAAAAUUUAAACUCUAACAAUAGUACCUAGCAUACGAUAAAGAUGAUCCAGACCGAAGAAAACAAUUUUGCGCACGAUGCUUAAAGAAAUAUAAUAAAGACACGCAGUGUUUGAAGAAAAUGUUUAGAACUAUAAAACCGUAUUAAAUGAUACAAUUAGUCGCCAUAAUUGCACUUCCUGGAACUGCAAAUUAAUAUAUUACGCGUAGGCAUAAUUAAAAUUUACCAUGAGCUACAGUAUGGUGUUAAAUUUUCAGCACUGGAUUUUCUGGACCAUUAUUUUUUAAGAGUUAGUAGUGACUGGUGUUUAGCAUUUGUUUUAUCACGCAUUCAGAAAAUGGUGAUUUCCUUUUAAUACAAAGGUUCUAUAGUUUAAAUAUUAUGUUAAUAAAUAUUAUAUUAAAUAUAUGAUCAUGCCUGAUCAUAACGUUAUGUUUGGCACGUUCUAUAUACAUCAAACCAUUUCUGGGCAUUCAAAAAACUCAUUUCGCGUCUGUAAAUCUAGCACGAUAUAUGCACAUUAUUCCAAUGGAGUGAAGAUUUAACUGUGCAGCACAUUUGUAUUUUCCUAAAUAUAUUCCUGAAACACCAUGUGACAAGCAUACUAUGUUAUAUCCUGUUAUUAGUCGACUAAAUAAUUUGAAUUAUUACAACUGUUAUAGCAAUCGCGUUUUAGACAUGUACCAGCGCUUUAACAUUACAGUAUAAUAUUAUACGACAUAUAGGAGUGUCAUUAGGGUACCUUUUUUCACAGUUGAGUCCGCCUUUUACUACAACCAUCUAUGUAUUUCUUGCUAUAUUCGAACAGAUAUGAAAUAAAUACCUCUUAAUUGUCAAAAAACUUAAACUAUCCAAAAACUUUUGCUCCGCCUUGUAUAUGGACACAUAAAUUCAAUGCCCGCAGGGGUUAGCGGUGAUCUUCAUCAUACGACGCGCACAAAAGAAAGAAUCACAAAUCCUUGAUGACGUAUUUUUAGGCUGUAAACAUACUCAUAUUACUUGCACUUAUGCCGAUAUACGCGGUAUUCUUGCUUUGAUCUGGUCAUCACAAGCUAAACGUUAAGAGAAAACAUUCUAUAUAAAAAUGUUUUUUUAAAACGUCUUGUAAGCCAACACCGCUUUACUGAACACAUUACAGCUUAAACGUAUUCUUGAAAUGAGUUGCACAUUUUAUAUUUUAGAACUUAUAAAUAUUUUAAUUUGUUGUGGAUUCCUCAUUGAAGUUGUCAAAACUACAAUAAACGCCUAAGGUAUUAA